GUGCUUCCACCAAUGAAGAUAGUGUAAGCUACGUGUAAGCAACUUUGAUGCUAACUACACCAGUAUAAAACCCAGUGAACCUGCAAGUGAUUCUUGCAUUGUACCAACGACAAAACAACUUAAGCGAACAUGGAAGGUUCAAUGAAGAAUAUGUGCCUGUUGGGGCUUCUUCUCGCUCUUGUGAUUGCGGGAUUGGGUGAAGUGAAUGGAGCCCGUGAGUGCGGGAGCGCAGACCCUAACAUGGAAGCAUUCAAGCUUGCUCCUUGUGCAUCGGCUGCACAAGAUGAGAAUGCUUCAGUUUCUGGCAGCUGCUGUGCUGCGGUGAGGAAGUUGGGCCAGAACCCGAAAUGCCUUUGUGCUGUUAUGCUCUCUAGAACUGCCAAGAGUUCUGGCGUGAAGCCGGAGAUCGCAAUGACCAUUCCGAAACGGUGCAAUAUAGCUGACCGUCCUGUCGGUUAUCAAUGUGGAGCUUAUACAUUGCCUUGAAAACUUGAUGGCUACUAGUUUCGAUGGAAGUUGUACCAGUGAGUUUGAAGUGUAUCUUCUGCUCAUGUGUUUAGUUAAUAAAUUACUGGUAGUUCAAUUGUGUCUUGAAUAACUUCCAUGUUGUAUCGUGUCUUUUGUUAAUGGGCCAAGAUAUUGUUCUUUGUCUUGUGUUGACUUUUAUAUGGUCAAUACUUGUUAUGCAACUUAAAAAAGAAAUGCACUUUGAUAUUUGGAUUA